UGUACUUUUGUCACACUUAUUCCACUUGUUUUUUUUUUUGCACUAAGAGAUGCACCACAAUCUACGUCGCCUUCGUUGUUGUUUAUCUACUUUGUUAAAACUCUACAAUUUACGUUGACAAUUUUUUCGAAUUAAUUAAAAGCAGACACUAAAUAUACAAUUGCAUAUUUUUAUAUUAUUUUGUAUCUAUUUAAAUACUUGCGCAUAAUGAGCUUUAUAAUAUUUUUUUUGUGUCUUUUCUGUUUCUCCGACGUGACAUUUUUCGUCUAGUGUUGAUCAACGUCGCGCACGCUGAACUGAAUCAUAAGCCACGGUCAACGUAUACACUUCUGCUGCUGAAGAUGCAUUUAACUCGAACUGUGAACAGAAUAACAGCUGAUGACUGGCUUUUGGUAUUUAACAGCACUGUUGUUGCGCCGAAUUGUGAAUGACCAGUUUUAGGUGAAUGUCAAAGAGCAAGGCGAUUGUGGGUGUAUGGUUGCUAGAAAAAUUGUGUUUGCACAGUUGGUCUAAAAAAAACAAAACAAAAGAAUAACUCGUUAGACAUGUCUUACCUGGCCAGUUUUAAUAAUGAGAGUGCAAAACAAAUACUUAUGGACAUAAUACGUACUGUGAAUCAGCCAGAGAACUCGAAAAAACUAUCGGAAGCAAAAGCGUCGGCUGGCAAAGAGAUGAUUCUUAUGAUGCAGCACGUUUUCCCUCUGGUAAUGCAGCUGCAGCUGGAGGUGAUCAAGGUGCACGGCUUUCCAGGCAACCGUGAGGGUCUCGUUCAGUUCUCGCAGCUUAUACGGGAAAUGGAGCGUGACGACAUGGAAAUUGCACGCCUGCGCAGCCAGAUACGAGCCAUAUACCUGCCGCCAAUCGCUAUAAACACUACCAACGAUAUUCUUAUCUAAUAUAUAUAUUAUAUAUA